AUGGAAUCCGUCUUCAUGGCCUCCUAUUCGUUUUCAAUAUUGGAGACGCUUCCGAGCAUCCAUGAGCCAUUGAAGUAUCUCAGUAUAUCGUCAGAAGAUCCUUCGUUUCACCAGCAGAUCCAGAAUUGGCCCGCAAGCUACUACUACAAAGAAACAGAAUUUACUCAACUUCCACAACUAUUGACUCACCUACAAGAUAGCCAAAACUAUAAUUUACGGGUAGAACUGCAUCAGAAUAAGCUCAUUUACACAUCAGGCGUUACUAACCUUACAUUGACGCUCUCUGAAAACACAUAUGCUCAUAAUUCCUACGUGGGAAGAUAUCUCAGAUUCAUCAAGCAUGUUCCUCCGAAAUACGGGCCCCAUCUAGAUACUUUCUACACAGCUACGGUAUCAUUGUCUACCAACACGAAAUAUUACAAGGAUUUGUCAGUGCUUUUGGCCAAAGUCUUUGCUGUCUGCACCGUCAGUUUACUUCUGGCCCAUGAAGUUCCAUUUCCACUUGGCAUUGUCCAGCCAAAGUAUCUGAGCACUCAGGUUUCCAGUCAUUCGGAUCUUAGGGCAUUAUCAGUUAAGCAAAUUUCUUCUGACGAUGCUCAUGAUUUCUACGAGUACUUGGGUUUGCUUCAUCUAGAUGGUCUUCCAGAUUACAAUAACAGUCACGUUCAAGCAACCACCAUGUAUGAAAUACCUGAGGUCACCUUCGAAAAAGAUAUUCGUGAAUUGCAUCUUCUGGUUACCAGGGAUAUCAAUCCAAGUGUAUUAACUCUGCUAAUCUCAUCAGAGGGAUGGAUUUCAGUCUUUGCUCGGUCCGAAAGCCAAAACAUUGUGCUUCUAAGAACGGCUAGUGGCAUCUACAUGUGGAGUAUUCAUAAGUAA